AUGAUCACUAAUAUCGACGGAGCUGCACUAGCGUGGGAGGGCGGCUACUUUCUGCUAACGAACGUGUUCGACCAGAAGCAGGGGAGCGGCGCGUCGUUGACGGAGGCUGACGUGGCACGCAUGCUGGCGCUGCAGGAGGAAUUCACCGCCAUGCGCUCUCACCGCUACCCGUGCCACACCGGGCUGCUGGGCAGGGUGGCGAUGACAGGGGGGUACCGGCUGCUGUGUGAGCCAGUCAAGUCCCGCGGCAUCAGAGGCGUGGGGCGCCUGCACCUGGAUGGCAGCAAGGACGAGGAGCAGCCAGAGGAAUGGGACAGGCAGUUCGCUGCAGGGGUCAAGGUCAUAGCGUUGAUCGGUGUACCCCAGGGCGUUCUUCAAAUUGCUGCCUGCACGCCGAUCAAGCCCACCAAUGAGAUGAUUGCAAAGCUCCGAACCAAGUUCGACGAGCUUCGGAAGCCCCCCCGAGUCACCCCCAUUCCGAACCUGCAAGCUGCCCUUCCGAACCACUCCCUCCUUCCAAACCAAUCCACACCUUCCCCAAAUACCACCUCCUCUAACCCCGGCCGCCCAAUUGCUCCCAGCCAAUCACAGCCGAGCGCAGCUAAGUCAGCAAACGUCUCACCAGAAGACCUCAUGCUCUUGAAAAAGCUUCUGGGUAGCUCUGGAGAAAAUCUUACAGCUUCCCAGGCGUCUCAGCUCUUGGCCCAGCUUGCGCUGCUAUCUGGAAAAACACCUGACACACGGGAAACCCCAAGAGGGGGGCAAGGCGGGAUGAGAGUAGAGAGGCGAGAGUGUAUACCUGGCUUGCAGCCGUCGCAUCAACAGCAACAGCACCUUCAGCAGCAGCAUCAGCAGAAGCAGGAGCAGCAGCAGCUGCUGCUGCAGCAACAGCAGCAACGCCUUCAGCAGCUGCAGCACUUUCAGCAGCAGGGGCGGACGGCGAAGUGGGGCGAGGGGCGUAGGCAGGAUGCUGCGGGUGGUGCUGUUGCUGCUGCUCCUGGAGCCGCUCCUGCUGCUGCUACAAAUGGGCCGCAGCAGGGAAGGCCAAGGGAGGGCGGAACUGGGGCAGGCUUAGCCGGGGGAGGCGGAUUCGGUUCCUCGGCAGGUGCUUUGCAGAGGGAGAAUUGGGAAGCGGGGAACGGGAUAGGUGCGAGUGGGACGAGUGGGCGAAGUGGGCCAGGUGGGCCAAGUGAGGGGGGACUAGGGUUAGCGGGUAAGGCCAUGGGGGAGAGAGGGAGGGAUGUGUGUGGCGGUGGUGAUGAUGAGGCUGCUGAGGAGGGCACAGGGGAGUGGCGGCCAGGGGAGAAUGCGGGGGAUAGUAAUGAUGGAGGGGGGGGUGUGUGGGGUACGGAGAGAGGGAGAGGUGGGUGUGAGGGAGGGGCAGGGCAGGAGGUGUAUGAGCUGUCGUCGGGACCAGGGGGGACGGAUAUGUCGGUGUGUGGAGGGGAAGGGGACGCAGCGGAAGGAGGUGCUGCCAGUGGUGCUACUGGUGGUGGUGGUGGUGUUGGUGGUUAUGGUUCCGGAGGGGCAGAUGGGGCAGGGCUAGGAGCAGAUGCAGGAGCAGGUGCAGGAGGAGCAGCCGGAGCAGCCGGAGCAGCAGAAAGAGGAGCUGCAAGGGGGACAGCAGCGGCGCCUACACGUGUACUAACAGGGGUUGCAACGGGGGCACUAGCAGCAGAUUCACCUGAGAUGAGACAGCUGCUGCCGCCCGGACUCACCCUCAUCGCCACGUCCCCGCCUCAUGCCGCCUCCCCAGGCUCCCCGUCCGUAGCAGCACCCAACGCACACACCGCUCCAUUCAGCGCUGGUAACCACAUUAGUAACACCAACCACAUAGGCAACAGUCAGCAGCAGCAGCAGCAGCAUCAGCAGCAGCACCACCACCAGCAACACACGGGAGUGCAUGCGACGGUAUCAGCAGACAAGCCCCCCUCCCACCGCCGGUCAAGGUCUCUGGCCCAGCAGCGCCGCCACACCUUCUCCUCCGCCGAUCGCGCCGCCCUCGCCCGCCAGCUCUCCCCCUCCCGCGCCCUCCUGGGGGGCGGAUUCCGCCUGGGGGGGACGCUGGGCGGAGGCGGAGGGGGGGAUGGGGGAGUGGGCGGGGGAGGCGCCGGGGGAGGGGGGGCAGGAGCGGGAGGAGGGGGUGUGGGUGGGUCUGGUUACAGCCAUCCGUCGGCUGCUCUAAGCAGAAUGGUGUCAAGUCCUCUAUUUAAACGCAGCCUCAGCUGCACGAGUCCCAUCCAGGGCAUGACCCGAGCUGCUGCUGCCCAUGCUGCUGCCCACAUGCGCCGCCACUCCUUCUCCACGUCGCCCUCCUCCUCCCCCUCCUCUUCUGCCAAUACCACUUCUGCUGCCAGGGCGCUGCAUAGGGUGGCGUCCCCGACUGCUAGCUCAGCGGGGGGCGGCAUGGGGGGAAGCAUGGGGGGCGGGAGGCAUGGGGGGUUCACGAGCCGGCAUGUGUCGAGCCUCUCGAAUCCUGAGUUUCUUUCUGAGUUUCUGAAUCUGUGCCCGUUUGGUGGGUCUCCGAGAGGGGUGGGCGCGGGGCGGGGGAGGGAGAUGGCAGGAGGGGGAGUGGGAGGGGGGAUGGGAGGGGGGAUGGGAGGGGGCAUGGGAGGGGGGAUGGGAGGGGGGAUAGGGGGAACAAGGUUGGCAGGAGCAGGGAUGGAAGGAGGGGGAGCAACUGCAGGGGCAGGGGAGACGCUAACAGGGGAUGCAGCAAUGCAAUCGAACCAGGGAGGGGUUGAAGGAGAGAGGGGAGGGGAGGGACGUGGAGAUGGGUGGGGAGAUGGAGGGGGCUCGGAAGGGGGUGUAGGAGUGGGAGGGGAAGGGGGGAGGGUGGAUGAGAUGGAAUGGCUACUGCAGGAGAUGAUAAUGAUGCAUGGUAGCGCCUCGACUGCUGAUGGCAAUGCUAUUGCAAAUGAUGGCACUUGUCUCACGGCUAAUGCAUACGCUGCUGCUCUUGACGCGUGCGGCUUGGCUGAUGGGAACGCGUGCUUGGAUGUAGAUAUGGGGAUGGGCGUGAAUAUGGGGACUGGUGAGGGCAUGGAGGCAGGCAUGGGCUUGGGAGGAGGAGGGAACGGGGAGGAUCAGGGUGGUGCAUUGAUGGGUGGAGAGAGGUGGGGAGGUAUGGAUAUCGUGGAUGGUGCAGGUGGAAUUGAUGGGAUUGGUGGGAUGGGGGGGAUGGGUAUGGCGGAAGAAAUGGGUGUUAGUGCAGACGGGAUGGGGGAACGAGGAAGGGGUGGUGGUGCUGCUGCUACUGCGGAUGGUGCUGGUGGUGCUGCUGGUGCCAGCAGUGGUGGUGGUGCUGUUGGUAAUGCGUUGAGGGUGGCAGAGAACGCCACUCUGCAGAUGCUGCUGCACCGCUGCAACGGAGACCCUGCUGCUGCUGCACUGCUGCUCGAGAACCUGCUGCUACAGAAACAGCAGCAGCAUCAACAGCAGCAGCAGCAGCAGCAGCAGGCGCAGCAGGCGCUCCAGCAAACACAGGGGCAGCAGCAGCAGCAGCAGCAGCAGAGGGGAGGCAUGUGUGGAAGCCCACGGAUGGGCAUAGUCAAGUCAACCUCACACUCCCAGCCCUCGCGCACACUCCACUCCCUGCACUCUUCUGUCUCCCCUCCGUCCGCGUCCCCCUCCUCUGCCUCACCCCCACAUGCAUCCGCACAUGCACCCCCGCUUCCCCCCACCCAUGGGCCCGCGCCCCCCCUGCCCCCCUCACACUCCCGCGCCCUCCCAUCAGCUCCUCUCCCCCGCCCCGCCUCCCGUUUCUUCCCCAAAUCCGCCUCUCUGCCUGGUAAUCUUCCCCGGCCCCCGCCGCCUCCUGUUGCUGGUGGUGGUGGUGGUGGUGGGGUUGUGGGGGACAGAAUUGCUGCCAGUCCACUAGGCAGGCAGCCGAUGCAGCAGCAGCAGCAGCAGCAGCAGCAGCAGCAGCAGCAGCAGCAGCAGCAGCAGCAGCAGCAGCAGCAGCAGCAGCAGCAGCAGCAGCAGCAGCAGCAGCAGCAGCAGCAGCAGCAGCAGCAGCAGCAGCAGCAGCAGCAGCAGCAGCAGCAGCAGCAACAGCAGCAUCAUCAAGAGUAUGAACAUCUAUCCGUGGAAGAGCAGCAGCAACAGGACCUUGGCGGACUAGAUGUGCUUAUAGAGGGUGGAGGGGGCAGUGACUUCCAAAUGGCUGCUCCGGGUGACGUGGACGGGUUGAUGGGGACAGGGAUUGGAAUGGGAGGAGAGGAGGAGUUAGGCGAGGAGUGGGCAAUGUUCUUAGAUGUGAUGGAUGCACCUCCUAUACUGGAUGAUUUGGAUGAGGUGAGUCCGAUGGGGUGGGGAGGGCGGGUGAGGAGGAGCUAG